UUUUGCUGAGUUGUAAAGAUUUUUCCUGUUCUGUUUCUUGUUGGUUUUGUUGGUCUUUUUUUUUUCUCUUCUCGUGAAUAUAAUAAUCUCGUUUAGUGGCGACAACAUCACUAUUUUUGGCAAAGUUGAAAGGAAUCUUUUGAUAUUACUCUCGUCGAGAGUGUGAGUGAGUGGUAAACAGAAUUAAACAACAACAAAAAAAGUUUCCAAUUUUUUGUUUUAACUGUUAAACGUGAUUUGGUUUGGUUGUCUUUUUCUUUUGAUUUUUUCUGAUUCGUUAUAAUUCGUUCGAUUUCGAUUCGACGACAAUCGCUUCUCUGCUCGGACUUUUUUUUGAAGCAGCUCCUCCACAUUCCUCUGUCCCUUGUUAUCAUCCAUCGUCGCUCUCAUCGUUUAAUAAAAAAAAAUAUUAUUAAAUUUUUUUAAAACAACCUCUAAUAUUUUAUAAUUUCUAAUUGCUCUUGUGUGGUAUUAAAGAGAAAGAAAAAGAGAGAAAAUAAAAUAAAAUUUCAAUAAAUAUGGACCUUUUGUGCACGGAAAAAGUCCUUUUAAACGACACGGAUGUCUUGAUAAAUAGUUUUAAUGUUGUUCAAACUAACGGUGGUUAUACAGCCUCUGUUACAACAGGUGGAGGUGGUGGGGGUGGCACAGGAGGUGGUGGUGGCAAUGAUGCCGGUAGUGAUUUAACUACAACAACAACAACAACAACUACACAUGCCAAUUAUACCAAUCAAUUAUUGAUUAGUAAAAAUUUUGAACAAGUUAAUACAGCUGUUGAAGAUCCGGUAUUUUUGAGCGAUCGUUGUCUUGAGAAUGCAUUGAAAGCUGAAGAUAAACAUCCAACAGUUUGUUCAUAUUUUAAAACCGUACAAAAGGAUAUUACACCGCCAAUGAGAAAAAUUGUUGCUGAGUGGAUGAUGGAGGUUUGUGCCGAACAAAAAUGCCAAGAAGAAGUCGUUCUGCUUGCACUCAUUUAUAUGGACAGAUUUUUAUCAACAAAAUCAGUUUUAAAAAAUCACCUACAAAUUUUAGCUGCUGCCUGCCUAUUAUUAGCAUCAAAAUUGCGCGAACCAAGUUGUCGAGCAUUGUCUGCUGAUUUAUUAGUAUACUAUACGGAUAAUAGUAUAAUUAAACAUGAUUUAAUCCAAUGGGAACUGUAUGUAUUGAGCCGACUAAAAUGGGAUCUAUCAUCAGUGACACCAUUAGAUUUUCUAGAAUUAUUAUUAAUCCGCCUGCCAAUUAGAAGUAACAAGUGUCCCGAUUUAAAUGUGGAAAAAGUUAGACAGCAUGCCCAAGCAUUUAUAUCAUUAGCAGCCAAAGAGCAUUAUUUCUCAAUUUAUUCAGCAAGCACAAUUGCUGCAUCGAGUAUUGCAGCUGCAUUAAGUGGCCUUAAUUGGCAUCUGAGAACUGGAAAGAAUCUGCGUUAUUUAUUAAAUCAAUUAACAGAUUUAACAAGUGUCGAACAGGACUACCUCCAUGAUUGCAUGCUUCGAAUGGAAACCAUAUUCGAGGAGCAUAGUCGCAAUUUGACACCCUACAUUGUUACCAUGGAUGCACAGCAACAGCAUCAUCAUUCAAUGAAUGCGCAUGAUUAUUUCGAUCAACAACAAAAAACUUCGCAUAUUAAAUUAAAAAAUUAAAUUUACAAAAAAAAAAAAAAUGAGUUAAAUAUUGUUAAUUUGAAUAGUUUUUAAACAACAAAAGUGAAGCAUUUAGGUUUUUUUUUUAAUUAAUUUUUUAUAUAUACACAAAUUUUGUUUUUUGUUUAUAUUAAAAAAAAUAAUUAAUAUUAACUUUUUUUUCCAAAACUAAUGUUAAAUUUUAAAAGUUUAUAACGUUUUGUUGGUGCUCAAACUUAUAUAUGUAUAUUAUAUAGAUUUUUUACGCGUUUAAUUAUUAUUUUAUAUAU